AUGAAUUCUGGCAACACCUAUGCCCGUCUAAUGAAAAUUGUUGUCAGGGAACUAGUGGAUCAAAAGAAGUGCUUGUCCUACUUUGACGAUCACCUAAUUCCUGCCGAAUCAUUCUUACAGGCACUGUUCAGAUUUGCAGAAUUCCUACACGCAGUAGAACGGGCAAACCUAAAAGUGGGACCAUCAAAGACCGAGCUGUUUACCGAAGAAGCCGUGUGGCUAGGACACCUAGUCAAGCCCGGAGGACUCACUCCCGCCGAGCGCUUAACUGAGGCCUCACAUUGCAGAGCAUAUGAAGAAACUCCUAUCAGGGACACUGAGUUUGAAUGGACCGACAAGCAGCAAGCAGCUUUCCAGCAAUUGAAACAGAAGCUAUGCGAGAAACCAGUACUGGCUCACCCCAAUUUCCAAGGCAACCGACCCUUCAUACUAGAUACAGAUGCCUCUGGAUUCGCUACAGGAGCUGUGCUGUCCCAAAAGCAAGCCAACGGUACUGUACGACCUGUAGCCUACACCUCCAAAUCCCUCACCCAUGCCGAAAAGAACUAUAGCGUGACCAGAAAAGAAUUGCUAGCCAUACUUCAAGGUGUUAAGCAUUUCAGAUACUUCCUGUUAGGAAGAAAGUUCCUAGUGCGCACGGAUCAUAUGGCACUAAAAUGGCUAAUGACAUCCAUGUCAUUAAGAGUACAACUCCUCCGAUGGAGAGAAGAACUCCAAGACUACGAUUUCCAGAUCGAACAUCGGCCCGGAGCCAACCAUGGGAAUGCUGACGCCCUAUCCCGGCGCCCUGUGUCCGAGGAGAACCCAGCACCUGACAUCGAGAUCAUCCCCGAGGACCAUCAGAUGUACCAAGCACUAGAAGUGAAACCUCCUUCCACCGGCGAUUUCCGUAAGGCCCACGUCAAUGCCGUCACCCGCAGCAGGGCAAAACGAAUGCCCCCUUUGGACGAAGAAAUAGAAGACGAAAUCACUCCCUGCCCCGGGAUAGAUUCCAGACCUUCCGACCAAGACCCAGGAGAACCAAACCAAAACUUAGAUGACAACUCUAUCAGCCACCCUGCGGAUUGGACGAACCAAAACUCACCCAACUCCACAUGUUUUUGUGAGGACCAAAACCCAAACGACAACGUUAAUCACCAAUUAGUGCUACAAGAUGAAGCGGAAGGCCACGCUUGGAACGACGAGGAUCGUCCCAACCCAAAGCUCACGGCCCAGAUGACCAAAUCCAACGUGCCCGUGGAGCAAACAAAUGACAGAACCCUCAACCAAGUCCGUAACUGGCUAGUGCAACCCAGCCAAGUUCCCCCGAUAUCUGCUUUGGGCGAACCCAAACUACAGCAGUACCGAGCGCAGUUAGAUAAGUUAACACUCAAAAAUGACAAACUUUAUUUAACUACAGAUAAUCAAGAGCGAGUUUAUAUCCCGGACUCCAUUAUCCCGGACCUACUCCGAUGCCUCCAUCACCACCCGUUAGCCGGACACCAAGGCCGAGCCAGUACCUAUCGGCAAGCUCGACGUCACUUCUAUUGGCCUGGAACGGCCAAGGACAUCUCGUCCAUAAUCGAAGGUUGCGCACCAUGCCAACUAGCCAAGCGACGCACCCAUGAGAAGCAUGUACCAUUAGGCCAAACGAGCACCGCCAUUGAUACCCAAUUUACCCAUUUCUAUGCAGAUAUUGUUGGCCCAUGGCCGGGCUCCCAAGGCCCCCAAGGCAAACGCUACCUUUUAACUAUUCAAGACGCGUUCACCAAGUACCCGGAAGCUUGGUCUAUCAACGCCAUGACCACUGAAACUAUCCUGCGCAUCCUAACCAACGAAUUCUUUCCCCGGUUUGGCGUAGGAAUGAAAAUCAUCACUGACCAAGGCCGACAAUUUGUUUCCGCCUUAUUCAAAACCUCAUGCAGGAGGUUAGGAGUGAUCAAAAGCCAAACAAUGGCUUAUGAACCCCACACCAAUCCCGUGGAACACUUGCAUCGAUCAUUGGAAGGCACUAUCCGUGCCUUGAUGUAA